UUACGAAAUAUGUAUUUUGCUCAUAAUUAUGAUGUUUCGUUACAUGACGUUGAAAAAACUCAAUGUUUUAAUUGUUUUAUUGCGCUAUUGAAAAUACAAGAUAUAGAGUGCACCCAAAGCUACAAAGCUGCUUUGAAUAUAAUGGAAGAAAUGAAAACAUCACAGAAAAUACCAGAGAGAAUCUUAAGAGAUCCAGACGUACAGUACACUAUAUCAAUUAUCCACAAUGUUGUACAGAGAAAAACAUUUGAAAGGAUACAAGAUAAUGAAAUUACGCUGGACAAUGAACAACUUUAUCAUGUUCAUACCAAACGAUUAACUGAACUUAAAAAACAAACAAAUUACUUGACACAUUUCCUCCCUUUGGUAUUCCUUUUGGCAACGCUAGCAUUCGGUUUAUAUACAAUAUGGUACGGUUUAUUUUCUGAAGACACAGAACCAGUUAAAGGGUGUCUUAGCGUACGAUUUGAUGAAUACUGGAAAAGUGAUCUAGAUUUUGAUUUGUAUGUCCAGGAAAUAAACAACGAAAGCAUAAUUGAGAGAUCAUGGAUUCUUCAUGAGAUUCAAACUCACAAUAAUUCUGAAAGAAAAGGAAUACUAAUGUCAGCUGAUAUGGGGUUCGGGAAAUCAACCAUCGUUUCAAAAAUCGUUUGUGCAGACCAAACUUCUAUCCGGUAUUCAUUAAGAAAACAAACACUUGUAUAUCACAUUUGUCGGCAUGACUUGAUUUUAUCUACCAAACCCGAAGUCUUCGUGCGUAAUUUAGCAGGAGCAAUCGUUAAAACAAACCCAGAGAUUGGAAAUGCAAUUCUUUCAGAUGAUAUGGCUCUUGAUUUUUCUAUAUGGCAAAUGUUCAAUUGAUCCAGUGGCCUGUUUAGAAUUUUCUGUUUUGAAUAAA